AUGGCAGCACAUUGCGACGCCGAAAGUGACAUUUGUGAUGAUGAAGAUGUUUCAUUAGACGAUGGGGAGGAUCAAAGUGAUGAAAGUACUAGUGAUGAGGAGGAGGAGGAGAACGUGUGUGCAGCAGAAGAUCCGCUGGAUACUUUGCCGCCUUCUCCAAAGGCGCGAAAGAUGGAAGAAUGGCAAUGGGAAGAAGAUGACAGUGUGGAAAAUACUGUCAAGCACUCCUUCCGCGGCCAGCCUGAGAUCAAGAGAUCCAUCGAGCUUCAAACAUCUUUUUGGGCGCUGUCGCGGUACCUGCAUUUCUGCAACAACAGCCUUCCCCAAAGUGAAGACCGGCUCUGGAAGAUACGGCCUGUCCUCGAUAUCAUACUCAAGUCCAUUGGCGCAGCGUAUAAUCCCGAAGCAAGUGUUGUGGUGGGUGAAAGUCUGAUGAAGUUCCGCGGUCGCCUGUCCUGCGUACGAUUCAACCCCUCGAAACGAGCAAGAUUUGGAGUGAAAUUCUACAAACUCUGUGAGUCAUCUAGUGGCUACUGCCUCAAUUUUUCAAUUUAUACUGGAAAAAGUGAGAAGACGCCAGCAACAGAUGGGCUAUUGUGCAGUGAGUCCGUUGUUCUUGACCUCGUUGGAAAACGCCUUCCUGACGGCCACACAAUAUUUAUGGACAACUGGUACUCUUCGCCUACACUUUUUCGUCACCUCAAAGAUGCGGGUUCGAAUGCAGUUGGUACAGUUCGUCUACACCGCAAGAAUAUGCCAAAAGGCUUCAACCAGCUCAAGUUGAAAAAAGGUGAAUGCGAAGUUCUCUUUGCGAGAGGGAUCAUGGCUCUAACAUGGCAAGAUAAAAAGCAGGUCACUAUGCUGUCAACCGUGCACAGUGGAGCAAAUGUGAAUGAUUCCGGCAAGAAGGGUCGCAGGAACGGCCUGCCAGUUUUGAAACCACAAGUUGUAUUAGACUACAACCGAGGAAUGGGAGGAGUUGAUCGCGAGGACCAACAACUUGCUUCUUUUCCCAUUAUGAGAAGAUACGCAAAAGGCUACAAGAAAAUUUUCUUUUACAUUAUGGACAUUGCUGUCUAUAACAGCUAUGUUUUAUUUGGAAAAGCUACCGGCAAGCGGCUCCACUACACCGAUUGGAAGGUCAAUCUCGCCGAGGCCAUUUUCGAAGAGGUCACUCUGCCCCUUUACCGCGGCCGAAGAAACCCGCUUAUCGCGCCUACACCAAUGUGCCUGCAAGCUUCCGAGUGGGCUCAUUUUCCUCGUCAGAUCCUUCCGAACAAAGUAAAAAAAAAUCCAUCCAGGCUUUGCUUAGUUUGCAAUUCACAUGGCAAAAAGUCCGAGAGCCGGUGGGAGUGCGAAAAAUGCAAAGUUGCGCUUCACAUGCCUGUGUGUUUUAAAGAAUUUCACACACGCAAAUCAUACUGA